AUGUUGAAAUCCUGGGAAAUCAAACUUGAUCUUUCCCAGGAUGUAGAUUCAAAAAAGAUGUACAAAGAAUGGAAGAUUCAACGAAAAAAUUAUAUUCGGCCAAUAGGUCAAUACCUUUUGACGCUUUCUGAAACAGAUUUAGUGAAAUGGUAUGAUACCAUUGAUGAAACUAUUCAUGAUCGCAUCAAAUCUGAUCAACACUUACUUGCGUUACUUCAUAUUUCACUGUUACAUUAUUUUAGUCGAUCUGUUGAGAGAAUUCGAAAACAUAUUCCAUACAUAGAGCAAUUAUUCGAAUCUAAGAAUAGAAUAACCAUAAUGUGUGCAACAAAAGUAGUUGUUUACAUAGCAAUAGAUUCUCAUGAAUGCAUGGAAUUUCUGAGAAAAAUUUGCGACAACACUUGCAAGCUCAUAGUAACUCAAGCGACACAGUUUGCAGCUAUAUACAUACUAAAGUCAUGCGGUAAAUAUAUACUACCUAACGUUUUCGAGGAAACAUCAAAUUUUAUUGAUAUAAUUCAGUCAUGUUUAGUUUCAGAUGACAUCGAACUUCAAUUGAUUGCAGCUAAAACUCUGAAAUACCAUUUCAAAUAUCAAAUAACUUUAGAUUCUCAAGAUGAAGUUUUAAAAUCCGAGCAAUUUUUCAAAGAAUGCAUACAAAACAUCAACCCAAUAAACACAAAUAUGUUUGGUACGAUGACAAUUCUCAAAUACAUGCUUCAAUUGUAUCAUGACCCAAAACAAGCGAUUUUAAUACUCCAGAAGGUCAAUUUGUUCCCUUUUAUCAAAGAAGAAAAGCUUUCAUACAAGUGGUUUGAUCUUUUGUUGACUUUGGUCAAAGAUAAAUCUUUAUUAAUCGUAAUUACACCGGUUUCUGGUCCAGAAAUCAUCAAAUCUCUAUUCAAUUCAUGUAAGAAAUUCCAUACUGUUAAAAUCUGGCGAUAUACCAAUGAUUUUCUUCGAAAUUUAGUUCCAUCAGUUAUAAAUCCGUAUAUGUGUCAAUGUUAUCUGCAUGAUUUGCUUAAGGAAACAAAGAACCCGGCCAUAGCUUCCAAGAUUUACGACGCAUUAACGAUUUUGUUGGAUAAAUACGAACUGAAAAUUUCAUCUCAGUUUUUCUUGAAUUACGAGCCAUCAAUCAGUUAUUUGAAUGUUCUUAGUAGGAAUCCUGUCUUAGUCUCUGAAUUAAAGAAGACUUUGUUGAAUUAUUUUCAUAUCGGAAUUCAAGAAAGGGCUACAGUUGAACAGACGAAGGUUUCUAUUAGUAUUUUGAACUUAUAUGGUCGUAAUCUGUUUGAAAAUCUAAAUGCUGUAUACGAUGACAUUCAAAAACUCGUAAAUUCUCAAAAUUCCGAAAUUCGAACUUUAGUUUCAUCAAUUUUGCCAUUCUUUACUGACAAAAGAGCUUUAGAAGACUGCCAGUACCUUGCUUUGUUCGAUAAUAAUCCAAAUGUUCGCAAAUCUGCUGUUGAUCAACUAAUUAACUUCCCAGGAGCUGAAUUUUGUGAAAUGAUCCCUCAAGUUUUAACAGAUCCAUCAUAUGAAGUGAAGAGAAGUGCAAUUAAAGUGAUUUCUCAGCUUGCUCCGAAAAAUCCGAUGAUUUACUAUGUUCCGAUCACUUCUUUUGUUCAACAGAACAUGUUAUCUAUGACAACAACCCCUGAUCCCACAGUAUCUCAUGAUAUUUCCACACUUUUGCCUCAUAUUGCCAAACAUCUUUUGCCGUUUUGUCCUGCCUUCAUUCCACAGAUCAUGAAAGUCUGUUACAAGUUCCUCAACAGAAGGCGAAACAAAACUACGAAGUCGGCAAAAUUGAUCUCAGUUUUGCAAAGGGAUAUGUCGCAGUACGGCUCUGAGAUACUGACGGAAUUAGAGCCAUUUGACCAAUUCUCCACGAAUUUGAACCUAGUUUACAAUAUUCAUAACAAAGAUAUAAUUGAUGAGAGAGAUGCCAAUCUUUUCGAUACUUUAUUGUGUUUGUCUGAUCGUAUCAAACCAUUUAUCCUUGAUUUGAUCGCGAUCUACAAAGACAUUUUCACAUCCCAGAGAAAUGACAGAGUUUACGCCGCCGCUUUACUUUCUCUGAUUGAUAUUGUUAACAAAUUCGAUGAUUCAGCCUAUAUAACUCAGAAAGAGCCGGAAUUCGCCACUAUUUUGAUAAAUCUUUUGAAACAAAAACCAUCAGAAAACGUGGCUAUGCUUAUUCUUAAACUUCUUAGUUCAUUUGGUAUCACUGACUAUCCACAAGACAAUUCCCAGGUCGAAACCAACGAAUUUGACUUCAAAAGUAAGAGUUAUUACACAGAUUCAGUCAUGACCAGCCUUUUGAAGCUUCUCCGAGAGAAACAGAAGUGUGUCUUCCAAGCAGUAAACAGUAUCUUCGUCCAUGACCCCGACAACGCCGUGAAUUACUUAGAUCCAGUUAUAGAUUCCUUUUAUAUCAUGAUACAGACCCUCAAAACCAAAGAGAAAUCUGAGUAUUUCAAGUAUCUAGAGGUUAUUUCCCAUCAUUGCGGCAUAAAAAUCAAAAAUUACGCUGAACAAAUUUCGCAAAUGAUAAAAGAUAACAUAGAUUGCGAUGAAGCACUUAGAGUUGGUUGUGUAUUAUCUUCCAACUUGAAAACAGAGUUCACGCCUUAUGUUAAUCCUUUAUAUCAUCUUUGUUUGGCAAGAUUUAACAAAAAGUGUCAAAUUACAAAAGAUUUGACAGAUUUUUUAAGUUUUUGUGUUGUUUUUCAGAACCAACCAAUCUCUUUUUUGAUCACGUCAUGUGAAACAAUACUACAAACUAAUAUUAGUUCAGAUGUUUGUAAUUUAAUUGUUGACAAACUGACGAUGAUUGUUCAAUUGACAGAUACAACAUUUGAGACAACAAGGAUUGCGAGGAUAUGUGAAUUAUUACUUAAGAAAGGUUGUAAUGCCAUGGAAUUAUUGUAUUCUUUAGUUGUUUUCAGUGAUUUGAGUUUCGAUUAUUUGAAAUUCAUUGUUCCUGAAGAAGAUAUCGGAUUUCUUGCGUUGAAAGAUUACUUGGAAUGCAAUUCUUUGUCUGAUAAAAAGAAUUGUCCGUCAAAAAACUCUUUCUUGAGUAUAAAAACAGCUACUUUCAACGUGGAAAAACCAAGUUUUGUGCCGCAAAAAGAACAAAAAAGUCAAAAAAAUUAUGUUUUUGACACUUUUCAAUUAAAUAAUGGAAAUAAUGAGAAAUGGUUAGAUGAUUUAUGCAGGGCUGUUAUUACUGAAAGUCCUAUUCCUGUCAUUAACGCAUGCUAUGAAACAGCAACACAGUUUAAUGAAUUCAAACUCGAAAUAUUUCCAAUCGCUUUUUUGAGUUGUUGGGUGAAAUCAUCUCAAAUUCACAAGGAAAAAUUUUCGAAUUUGAUGUCAUCUAUUUUCAAAUCUAAGCAUCCGGAUCAGAUCUUCUUGAACCUAGCUGAAACUCUCAUAAGGGCUUCUUACGGAUUCAAUGUUUCUGAACUGGAUUUGGCAAAUGCUUCUACUUCACCUUUACAAAGUUUACGUUUUCUCUCAAAAUAUUAUCAAGAAAACACAAAUGAUAAGAAAGCUUUGGAAAUGCUGUUAGGAAUAUUUACUAAGUUGGGAAGGAUAGAUUCAUGCCGCGGAAUAUUAAAGAACGUAGAACUGCCAAACGCUGGAAAUUGGUCAUUGACUUUAGGUGAAUGGGAUAAAGCUUUGGAAAUUUUUGAAAAAAGUGACAAAAAUUUGCCAGAACGAUUAAUGUGUUAUUCGCGAUUAGAAAGGUGGGAAGACAUCUAUAAAUUAAAUGAUGAGUUCCAAGAUAUGAAUGAAACCGAAAGGUCUAAUACUGCUUUGUUUUUUGCAUGGGCAGCUUUGAAACAAAAUGAUUAUAAUAAUAUUUCUUUGUUUAUGAAUUAUUUGGAAGAAGAAAAGAGUUUAGAUGUUUUUCUAUUUACUAUUUUUUAUUAUACGCAAACAGGAAUGUUCGAAUACGCAAGGAAUAAGAUAGAAGAAGCCAUGAAGUACUUAGUUAGUGAUUGUACUGUUUAUAAUUCGAUGAAUGCAAAUCAGGCAAAAACUAAUUUGAUGUAUUCUUGCUUGUUUACGGAACUUGGAGAGGUUAUCGACUAUAAGGAAGGAAAAGUAAAUAAUAUAAGCCAAAGAUGGGAAAGAAGAUUGAAUAAUAUUUCUGGAGAUUCUUAUUCAUGGAUGAGAUUGGCGGAAAUAAGAUCAAUGAUAAUAAAUCCUACAAAUAAUACAAGGACAUAUUUGAAAUUGAUCUCUGUGCUCGCAAAAGAUAGAAAAUGGCAUUUAUUAGAUAAUUUCCAAUCAAUUGUCUACCAAUUGCUGGAUAACCCGAGCGUUAUUUGUUCUUAUGUAAAGAUAUUGUGGUUAAGAGGCAAAACAAGCGAAGCAAUCGAUGUUGUAAAGUUAUAUAAUGAUAUCUUCAGAGCAAAGAACGAUGAAGAGAUUGCAAACUCAUAUAAUAAUACUCCUGAUUAUGUCAGAGCUAAAAUGGCCCAGAUUUAUCAAAUAGAACAGUCAGAAAAAGGUUUUAUUCAAUUAAAUCAAAUUUUGAAGAAACCAACUGACAAAGAAAAGGCAAGAAUGCUAAGAAUGGAAGCUUCUUAUAGAGCUUCUGAUGUUUUCCAUGAUAAUAUUGACAUAGCAAUCAAAUUAUUUAUUGAAUCUUCUAAACUGAACGCGGAUGACUACAGAACAUGGUCUAGAUGGGCUUAUGCAUGCACGAAAUCGAUAGAAAACGACAAAGAAGGACUCUACGUCAAAAUGGCCGUAGAUGGUUUCUUAAAAGCCUCAUUUUUGUCGAAAGAGAACUCUUUGGAAUACAUUUGCCAGUUGUUUAGUCUCUAUUUCAGAUACGGAAACAACUUUAAAGAGUUCCAUUCAAAAAUUCAAAAUUUGAAUCCGCAAACAAUCGAAAAAAUCAUUCCUCAGAUUGUUUGCCAGAUCUCCCAUCCAGAUCCAACUGUUCGCAGUGUUGUUCAUAACAUUUUGACGAACUUUUCUCGGUUAUAUUUCCAAGCAUUAGUUUUUCCACUUCAAUUAAUUGCAAAAGACGACGAAAACAGCCAGAAAACGGAAAUAGCCAAGAACUUGCUUGAAAAACUCUCCGAAAAGCACUCUAAACUUGCAGAAGAAGCAAAUCUUUUUGCAUCAACAUUAUCUAAGUGCGCAGUUACUUAUUACGACAUUUUCCUGCAGAAACUUGAUGAAGCACAUUCAUACGAAAUCAACUGCGAGCGCGAGAAAGCAAUAGAAGUCAUAAAAUCCCUUUCUCAAUAUCAAAAUCCGAAAAUUCAGUUGUAUCAAAUGCAGUUCAACCAGUUAAAGAGUAAUUUACAGAGUUGCCUCCAAGCAGCUAAUUCUAACAACAAAUCUGACGAAAGGAAUGACCAAAUGUGGGUCCAAAUCAAGAGAUUCCAUGAUGAAAUUCGUUUGAAACUAAAAAGUUUUGAUACAAUUCAAAUUGAAAAAGUGUCAGAACAAUUAGCAGCCAAACGGAAUUUCCUUUUAACUGUUCCAGGCACAUAUCAGACUACUGAUUCAGGCACUACUAUUAACUACAUUGAGCCUAUUUUGACUGUUCUUGGUACUCAGCAACAUCCAGCAAUUACAAAUUUUGUUGGAAAUGAUAGUUUGAGGUGGAAAUUUUUGUUGAAAGGGAAUGAAGAUUUGAGAUUGGACCAAAGGAUCAUGCAAUUCUUUGUUUUAAUCAAUUCUCUCAUUCCUUCAAACAAACUCACCCAGAAGAUGAAUAUUUCCAUCUUAAACUACACUAUAACUCCUCUUGCAACAAACGCAGGAUUGAUUUCAUGGGUCAUGGGUGCUGAUACAAUGCAUCAGCUGAUAAAUGACCACAGAAAAUCAACAAAAGUUCAUCAAGUGUCUGUUGAAAACGAGAUACUGAUAAACAAUGUUGGAGACUGCAUGCAGACAAUGAAUUCCUUGCAGAGAAUAGAGUGGUGGCCUGUUGUUACAAACCAAUGUCCUGCAACUGAUUUGAGAGAUAUUUUCUGGAUGAAAAGUCAGAAUCCUGUAAAUUGGAUAAAAACUGUUGAUACUUUUGUUUUGUCAAUUGCUUUGAUGUCUCUUGCUGGUUAUGUUGUUGGAUUAGGUGAUAGACAUCCAAGCAAUAUAAUGAUAAGAAGAAACAGUGGACAUGUAGUUCACAUUGACUUGGGAGAUUCUUUCGAAGUCACUCAGAAAAGAACAAAAUUGCCUGAAAAAGUUCCGUUCAGAUUGACAAGGAUGAUUGUGAACGCGUUGGGAGUAUCUAAGACAGAAGGAAACUUCAGGAAGGCAUGCGAGAAUAUAAUGUACAUGCUGAGAUAUAACAAGCCUUCUAUUUUUGCUCAGUUGGAAAUUUUUGUUCACGAACCAAUUUUCGCGUCAAGAGCUGUUCAAGGAGACGGAAAUUCGAUAAUGAAGAGAGUUUCGAUGAAAUUAAAUGGAUUGGAUCCAGAAUUGGUGCCAGGAGAACCUGUAACUGAGGAGUUAUCCGUAGAAGAACAAACAAGAAGGUUGAUCGCAAUUGCUGCUGAUCCAAUGAGAUAUGUAACUCAUUACGAUGGAUGGUGUCCUUAUUGGUAA